CUGUGGGUCCGCCCCGCGGAGAAAGCUCCGUCGCCGGAAGCUUUAUUGCCCUCGUAAYGCAGCUUAAUCAGUGAUAAAGUAAGCUCUGAAUUUGCAAAUGGCCCGGCUGGCUGAGCUAUCUUUGACUCGGAAAGUCAGAUGCCUCCAGAGAGCACUGAGCUCAAACCAGGGCUGUUGUUGCAUCCAACGUCCUGCUGUUGCUCCCACCCGCUGUUAAGCUGAGCACAGCCUCUUCGCUUGGGAAAGCGUAGUCCAACGCUGGCGUUAAUCCUGCUCUGGGAGAGGUUGGGCUGGAUGACCUUCAAAGGCUCCUUCCAACCAGUGUUUCUCAUUCUGUGUAUACGUUUUCAUGUCUCCAUCUAGUAAUCUGGGUCCUGUGAGAUUCAAGCGGCUGCUGUUCCUAGAUUCUGCAGACCAUGAUCUACAUGUACCAUGUGUUACACAGUUCUGCUAGAAGGAAGGUAUUUUCAAGUGCCAUGGCUCGGGUCUUCGUGUACGGCACCCUCAAGCAGGGCCAGCCCAACUACGGGCACAUGCUCGACACGGCCAAGGGCAUCGCCAGGUUCCAGGGCCGGGGCCGCACGGUGGAGAGGUACCCGCUGGUGAUCGCCGGCAAGUACAACAUCCCCUACAUGCUCAACAUCCCCGGCACGGGGCACCGCGUGGCCGGCGAGAUCUACGCCGUGGACGAGCAGAUGCUGCAGUUCCUCGACGAGUUCGAAGGCUGCCCAGCCAUGUACCAGCGCACGCGCAUGAGCAUCGAGGUGCUCGAGUGGGAGGGCAAGAGCGGGCGCAGCGUCAUGGAGUGCUUCGUGUACAGCACCAGCACCUACCAGCCCGAGUGGGUGGAGCUGCCCUACCUCGACAGCUACGACUCCUCGGGGCAGCACGGCCUGGCCUACGUGCUGCGGGAGAGCCGCGAGUAGGCGCCGGGGCCCCGC